UCAGAUUCUCUCAGCUAAUCGAAAUCAAAACUAGUAAAGGAAUUCCCAAAUGGCUCGUACAAAGCAAACAGCUCGCAAAUCCACCGGAGGAAAGGCUCCAAGGAAGCAACUGGCUACAAAAGCGGCGAGAAAAUCAGCCCCAGCCACCGGAGGAGUGAAGAAGCCACACAGAUUUCGUCCAGGAACCGUUGCCUUGAGGGAGAUUAGGAAGUACCAGAAGAGCACUGAGCUUUUGAUCCGUAAGCUUCCUUUCCAGCGUCUUGUUCGUGAGAUUGCUCAAGAUUUCAAAACGGAUCUGAGGUUCCAGAGCAGUGCAGUCGCGGCUCUGCAGGAAGCGGCUGAGGCUUAUUUGGUUGGUUUGUUUGAGGAUACUAACCUCUGCGCGAUUCACGCCAAGAGAGUUACUAUCAUGCCUAAGGAUAUUCAGCUUGCGAGGAGGAUCAGAGGAGAGAGGAUUCAUUUCGAAAUGGCUCGUACGAAGCAAACCGCUAGGAAAUCCACCGGAGGCAAAGCACCAAGGAAGCAGCUCGCGACCAAGGCUGCCCGGAAGUCCGCUCCUGCCACCGGAGGUGUCAAGAAGCCACACAGAUUCCGUCCAGGAACCGUUGCCUUGAGAGAGAUCAGGAAGUACCAGAAGAGCACUGAGCUUCUGAUCCGUAAGCUUCCUUUCCAGCGUCUGGUUCGUGAGAUUGCUCAGGAUUUCAAGACGGAUCUGAGGUUCCAGAGCAGUGCAGUCGCUGCUCUUCAGGAAGCGGCUGAGGCUUAUUUGGUUGGUUUGUUUGAAGACACUAACCUUUGCGCGAUCCACGCUAAGAGGGUCACCAUCAUGCCUAAGGAUAUCCAGCUCGCGAGGAGAAUCAGAGGUGAAAGAGCUUGAAGACUCGUUGUUACGCGCUCUACUAGCUUUUUGCUUGGUGCUUUCUGGGAUUUGAUUUUCGUUUAGUUAAUUGGUUCUUGUAAUAAGCUUUGUGCUUGGAUCGUUUCUAAUUUUCGUUGUUAGGUGCUUUUGUUUAGUCAGUCGUCAACGUGUUCGACGAAAUAUCCCAAUGAAAGUUUAAUAUAUAACUUAUUCGCCUAAA